AUGUGGUCAAAUUUGAUGCUCAAAGCUAGCGUCAAGCUUGGUCUUCAAUUAAUGCAAAUAGGAUUAGUGGCAGGAUGGUCAUCGCCCUACAUAGCACAAUUAUUAUCCGGUGAAUCGAUCAUAUUGAUAACUAAACAAGAAGCAACCAUAAUUGUAUCGCUUGUAAACGUGGGACGAAUAAUUGGUGGAAUUCUUGGUGCAGUUUUUGUUGCAUACUUUGGCAGUAGAAAAACAAUAUUAUUUUCCAGUGUACCCAUAUCAUUGUGUUGGAUUUUUAAAAUAAUCGCGAAUAACAUUGUUUGGUUAUAUUUGGGAAGAUUUCUCGGUGGAUUUUAUUUGGGAGUGUGUUAUACUUGUUUUUCAUUGUAUUUAGGUGAAAUCGCCGAUUCAAAUAUACGAGGUGCAUUAGUAUUAGUUGGUAUGAUCGGUAUGUCAUGUGGUUAUUUGUUAAUGUCCAUCAUGGGUCCUUAUUUAUCAUUAAUAUUAUCAUCUUCCGUUUGUUUAAUCUUAAGUACUAUUUAUAUGUUAUUAUUUAUUUGGUUACCGGACACUCCUCAUCAUUUGAUGAUCCAAAAAAGAUUUGAUAAAGUUAAAAAAUCAAUUCUAUGGUAUCAUCGUAAUUCUAACGUCAAUGUAGAAUUUUUAAACUUGAAACAAUUUAUCGAAUCUUCCUGCAGCGAAUCUAUCUGGCAAACCCUUCAAAAAUUUAAGAUACCGCAAAUGAGAAAAGCAUUGAUAAUAACGAACGUUUUAUUUUUCUAUACUCAAUCGUGCGGUAUCAAUAACAUAGCGUUUUAUAUGGAAAUUAUUUUGGAAAAUGCUGAAGUGACUGUAAUUAAACCAUCCUUAGUCGUUAUAAUAAUUGCAAUAUGUGGUAUAUUCGGUUGUUUGUUAUCGAUAAGACUGAUCGAUUAUUAUGGAAGAAAAUUUCUGAUGUGUGUCUCAUGUUUUGCAAUUGCGAUAUCAUUGACAGUAUUGGGAAUACAUUUUGAACUUUUGGAAUCAGAUAUUGAUCCAAAUAAAAUUCAAUGGAUACCAAUAGCUUCGUUUAUAUUAUUUCAAAUUGCUGUAUUUGCUGGAUUAUUACCGGUACCUAGUGCUAUAGUAGGUGAAAUCUUUCCACCUGAUAUAAAAUGCGUAGCUGCCAGUAUUUGCAGUAUCAAUGCAGCCAUAUUCGCAUUCAUAUCAUCCUCGACCUAUCAAUUCUUCAUAGAUUUGAUGACCGAAAAGUUUACUUAUUGGAUGUACGCGAUACUACUAAUUACGGCAAUACCAACUACGAUUAUUUUUUUGCCAGAAACUAAAGGGAAAACUUUGCAAGAAAUUCAAGAUCAAUUGAUGAGCAAAGGAUCGAAAGAAUACAAAAAGAUGAUGCCGAAAGUGCAAAGACCAUGCGCCGGUCCUACUAGUCCAGAAGCCCAUACUCGUAGAACUAGCAAUCGCAUUAGAGCUAUCUGCGAGCAAACCAAGUUAAUUAGUCCAACAGUCUGA